AAAAGAAAAACUGAUUAAAGCAUUUGAGGGCAAAGAAAGGGUUGAUUGAGAAUGAGAUUAUACUUGUUCUAUGGUUUUAAUUCUUCACCUAAAACCCUGUAUUAUAAGUAAUGUAGGAGGUUCGCAUAUGGCUAGCAGGUCGCGUAGGCAUUCGCUUUUGAGGAGGAGUGACAUUUACUCUUAUUAAUAGUUCAUCCGACUUGUAGGCGGAACUUUAUAAGUUACAAAUGCUGCAUUAAAACCGGCAUCCUACACAACUUUCAUCACAACAGCCUAACCUACAAUCUCUAAGCUUCUUCCUUUAGUAGUUGGUGAAAUAUACUAAUUUUCUUUUGGAUGGGUAAUCUGCAGAAAGCGGGAAUUCAGCAUCUUAUCUAUGGUCCUUAUUAAUAUUCAUUAAUAUGAUUUGGUCAGCUGAUGUUAACCCAUUGCUUACUUCAUAGACGUAGCUUUUUUUUUGCCAUUUGUAUUUGGACAUGUCAUUACUAAAACCAUAAGAGUGGACCAGUGCUGGCGGGUAAAAUAAGCCUUCAUUUAACCAACUUUGGCGUCUAACACUAUUUCCUUGCCUUCUUUGUCUUACAAUUUGAACUAUGACUAACGACCUUUAAUAUCUUCUUCUUUUCCUCGUUUUUUACUUUAUACAUAUUUUUUUGUGGAGAUUAAGGAAACCCUGUCUUCUGCUUCCAUAUCUCUUUAUGUAGGAUACAAUUUUUGAUUAUUUGUUUGGGUCUUUUCUUUCCUUUGUUUUCUCUUUCACGUUCUUGCUGGGCUUCAGAGCUUUGAGCUCUCUCGAGCAUAAAGAGUUCUUCUGUAUUCAGGAGGGUGGGCUUAGUUGAAAUCAAGAAUUACUCCAGAGGAUAAAUUCAAGGUUUCAACAUGGGGAGGAAAUUUGAUGAACAGUCUGAUGAAGUUGAAUUUGAGAACGAUCAUCCAGGUUGCAUGGGGGGCAUAUUUAAUGUUCUUGAUUACCAUCAUUGGUACAAUGCGAAAAAGAUCCUUCCACAAAGAAAGCUCAACAGAGGAAGACAAGCCAGAUGCUGUGCAAAUCCACAAACUAUUUCCAUGGAACGUGAACCUGUUGAAUCCCAAAGAUUAUUAGAUGGAGAGGCUGAACAAAUCCAAGUUCAACAGCAAACAAGAAAAACAGGAUCAACCAACAAAAGGUCUAGUAAAGCCCCAACAAAGGGUUUAACUAGUAAAGAAAGGUCAAAGGAAGAGAACCAUGAUAAACAAUGGAUUGUGGGGCAUUCAACAGGAUCACAGUUGCAGCAAGCUGACUCUACCCAUCAUUUGGAACCUUCAAGUUUUGGUCUUGGUUGGAUGAACCCGAUUAUUCUUGUCCGCAAGCGAGGUGAAACCUCUGGUAAGAGCUCAUCAAAGAGUAAAAAUCCUGAUGCAGACAAAGACUUUGAACAUAUACAGAAUUCUGAGAAGCAUGAUAAAAUUGGAACUCGAACCUUAGUAAAUCAGAAGCCAAAGUCAAAGAAGCUUAGCAAACAAGUUUCAUAUAAUCAGGUUGAGGGUGUGGAUGUUUUGGAGAUAUUUAAGGUAAACAACAAUCUAUUCCUAGAUAUUCUUCAGGAUCCUGAUGUUGGUAUUUCACAGCAUUUUCCUGGAAAGCAAACUCGCAAGGCAGUCAAGUUAACAAAAUCAGGCUCAUUUCCAAUCCCCGGUUCACCUCAUGCCGGAUAUCUUAGGUCUAGUACACUUGAGCAUAAGAAGAAGGAAGUUUGGUCCUUCCAGAAGGGCGAAAAACCUGUCGCGGGUACUCAGUUAUCCAAGUCAAGGGCCAUAAUGAGACCCGGUGAUCAGUCUCAGAAAAACGUAAAGGAAGAAGCAAGCUCUUCAUCAUCCCAAGGAUCUGAUUCCCAAAGGUGGAACCAUUUAGUUAUGAAUCGUCUCAAGGAUAUUAAGCAGAGAAUAAAGCAGGCUCUCAAGGAAAGGAGAAAGACUAAUAACCGUGCAAAGGUGGAUGAUCUCACCCUUCAGGUUUCUUCUAGAGAUACAUUGUCCACAAAUGAGAGAGACAUGUCGAAAAGCUCGGAAAAGGCAGUCAUCGGUAGUUGUAUUGAGAACAAUGCUGCUGAUCAUGAUGUCAACAAUGAUAGGCUCAAAAGGAUAGCAAGAACAAAGUCUAUAAAUGAGUCAUUAGAUAGAUACACUCAAUUGUUUCAGCAAAGUAUAAGUAAAGAAACCAAAUUGCAUCACUCAAGGAGCUUAAAAUUGAGCCAUGAAGAUAGAAUUCCAUCAAUAGGGAAUGCUCCCAAGUUUUUCAGAAGGAUUUCCUCUCUAUCUGAACUUGAAUCCUUUUGCUCUCUUCUAUAUGAGGUUUCUUCAGAGCUCCCAAUCAAUAAUAUCCAAGAUCAUGAGGCAGACAAGAAAACCGAUCCACAUAAUGAACAAAAAUCAAUUAAUUCCCCUGAAGAUAUUGAUAAAUUUGAACUAGUAGAAGCUGUUAUAGAGACUGAAUUACAGGAAGGAAUGAGGGAAGGAUCAGAUAACUGCGAUUCAACCGGUUUAUCAGUGGAUAAAAAUGGUGAAGAAAUUGCUAAAUCUUGUGAAUUCAAUGAAGAUGCAGUUGAGCAAACAGGAGGUUUAGGUGAAGCGGAGUUUUUUACAAAAGAAAGGCGCAAAAUACGGCAGGAAAGUGUUGAUUAUAAAACCAUGGGAAACAGCCGUCGGAUCCUAUUCUUUGAACAAGAUACAGAGGCUGAUCCUUGCUACAAUUACGUCAAAGACAUUCUUGAGCUCUCAGGUUUCUCACAAAACAAGGGGCUCCAAACAUGGUUCUCACUGGACCAACCAUUGAACCCUUCAGUGUUCAACGAAUUGGAGAGACUGUUGCACCCUGAAAUGGGAUCCACCCUUUAUGAAGUCGGAAGCAACUGUGAUCACCAACUGGUUUUUGAUCUAGUUAAUGAGGCACUACUUGAGAUCAAUGAAAUGUCACCUGAAUAUUUCCCCAACCCCUUCUCUUUCAACUCUCGCAUUAGUUUAGUGCUCAAGGGAAACAAUGUUUUUCAACAAGUGUGGACCAAAGUCAGCAAAAACUUGGCAUCCCAGGCUGAACAUGACCAGUCAUUGGAUGAUAUUAUUGCUCGAGAUUUGGACAAACCCGCUUGGAUGAACCUUCAAGCCCAUUCAGAAUUUUUGGCACUUGAGCUAGAAGAUUUGGUUUUUCAUGAGCUUUUAGAUGAAGUUGUUUGUUAUUUAGACAAAUAAUUUAGGCCAAAUAGACUGCUUCCUUUUUUUUUUCCUUUAAAAAAGAAAUUCUAGAUCAUUCGUAAAAGGUGGCUUCCUCAUGGAAUCCAUGUGCAUGUUCUGAUAAACAAGAUUUCAUAGUUGUAGGCUAUACGGUUCUUUGAAUUGGUCAGACUUGUACAUAAUUUUGUGUUUCAUAUUUUGAUUUUCUAUAUGCAUUUUAGAUAUUGUUUUGAAA